CACAUACACACACAAUGCAGCAGAUAAAUGAGCAGAUUACACAUUUUUCAAGAUUUAAGCUUCAAGAAACUUUAUUGUCUGCCACAUAGUGACAGAAAUUCCUCUUUGACAAGGCUCAAUCGAAGACAAAGGUGGACAAAUGUCACAAAAACAAAGUAGACACAGUAAAACAGCAAAAAUAUCACAGUAAACUGUUGAAUGCUAACAUCAAGGCAAGUUUAGGCGUGAAUAUAUCUGUAUGUGCCUAUAGUGCGAUUUAUUUAGGACAACAAUGGCUGAGGGGAUGAUGGACAUUUUUUAGUUUAUAUCUUAUGUUCAUAAAGCGGAACUUAUUCAAAGCAAGAUUUCAUCAUUAUCUAGCUGGUGUUUCUGGGGGUUUUGGUUCACAGGGGGGAAGUUAAAUGUCUUCUGUUCAAAGUCUGUAUUUAAAUACAAAGAGAAGUUUGGCUCAGAAGUUCAGAGCUCAUUUAUCAGAUCCACCAAUGCUAUAAUGGUCAAACUCAUAUCUGAACAUGUCACUUAUCUAUAGCAGAAUGCAAUGAGGGCGAUAGGUUCGAUUGUGCCACAUAAAAACAUUUCUGAAUAAGCAAUGGUCGCAUGUACUGAUCACAAUGAAGAGCGUUGUACUCUGGUCUGAGAGUGACUUAGUGUGCCAGUUUUUCAUGCCUUGCGGUCAGAGCCAUAAAAGUAGAUAUAUAUUUGCCACUUGUGAAAUCACAGGCAGGCUUUUUUCCAAUGGGAUGAGACAAUAAUUAUGACUCCUACAACUUAAAACUACGCUGCUCUGUUCCUCUCUCUCAUGUCUACCUCUUUCUAUCCUUUGUCUUUUUUAAUUCUUUACUCCAUGUGGUUACUACAGACACUGGCAUGUAUUGACAACCCUCUGCUUCAAGUGUUACCGUGUGAUGCCCACACGCAAAAAUGACCAGUGAUCAGGAUCUGCCAAUGGACGGCCAAUCAGCCACAGCUGUGUUUGCUGCAAAGGGCAUUGAUGUAACACCUAAUAAAGACCAAGGAGUGAUCAAGGUUGUAAAGCGUCAGGGGAUAGAUGGAGAUCGACCGAUGAUUGGGGACAAAGUGACAGUCCACUACACUGGAAAGCUGCUCACUGGGAAGAAGUUUGACAGCAGCCGAGAUCGCAAGGAAUCUUUUUGCUUCAAUGUCGGCAAGGGACAAGUCCUCAAGGCUUGGGAUAUUGGUGUGUUGUCUAUGCAGAAGGGUGAGGUGUGCACACUACUGUGUAAGCCAGAGUAUGCUUAUGGAUCUGCUGGAAAUCCCGACAAAAUUCCUCCCAACUCUUCAGUACUGUUUGAGAUUGAGCUACUCAAGUUUGAAGGAGAGAUGCUCACAGACGACGGCGGCAUCAUAAGAAGAAUAAAGGUCAAAGGGGAUGGUUACACUAAUCCCAACGAUGGAGCGACUGUUGAUGUGCACCUGGAGGGGACUUGUGCUGGUCGACUGUUUGACUGCAGGGACGUCAGCUUUAUUGUCAGUGAGGCUGAGGACAAAGGCAUUCCCCUGGGAGUGGACCGAGCUAUGGACAAGAUGCAGAGAGGAGAGUGCUGUAUACUUUACUUAAAACCAAAGUACGCCUUUGGAAGCGAAGGUAAAGCAGAGUUCAAAAUUGGACCAGACAAAGACGUUGUAUAUGAGAUUACCCUCAAAGACUUUCAAAGGGCUAAAGAAUCCUGGGAAAUGGACGUGCAUGAAAAGCUGGCUUUGGCUGCUGAAGUUAAGCAUAAAGGGAAUCAGUAUUUCAAGGCAGGGCGGUACCAACAGGCAGUCAUCCAGUAUCAGCGCAUCGUUUGCUGGCUAGAGAUGGAGUGUGGAACUGGGAUGGAGCAGUUGAAGAGGAUACAAGAAUUUGCUAUGAAGGCCCACCUCAAUUUAGCGUUGUGUUUCCUGCGGAUAAAGGAGUUUUCACAAGCAGUAGAGAACUGCAACAAGGUGAUUGAGCUUGAUGAGUGCAAUGAAAAGGCUCUGUAUCGUCGCGGGGAGGCCCGUCUCCUCCGUAACGAGUUCAGCCUGGCCUUGGCAGACUUUCAGCAAGUGCUGCAAGUCAACUCCUCAAAUCGAGCAGCUCGUGCUCAGAUUUCCAUCUGCCAGAGCAAGAUGAAGGAAUAUCAUGAGCAGGACAAGAAGACCUACACCAACAUGUUCCAGAAAUUUGCAGAACGUGAUGCUGAGGUUGGGAAGACGAAGAGGAGGCGGGACGAAAGCGUGAGGAGCACCAUGAAUGGCGAAGUGGGCAUUAAACGCCGACGGAAGAGUCAGGACUGUCUGUCCUAACAGUGACAUUUGAAAAGGAGAAAAAGAAAGACAGGCCUCCCUUUGAUUUCCAAACCCAGAGAGCAGAGGCAGGAAUGAAGUCAUGUAAAAGCCUCUGAUCCAAACCUCUUCAUCCCAAAAUCCAACAUUACCAUUCCUGCAUAUAAAGCAGAGUGUAAACAGGGAUGUUUGCAAGCCAAACAGCAUUUCCCCUGUCACAUGGACUGUGCAACUGCCAGAAUGCACCUCCCAGUGGAAUUAGCACUGCAGAAUCAGCGAGUUAAGAUUGGUGAACACGUCUACCACCCCCAUCCACUUUUUUUUUUUUGAGGGGAGGGGGGAUUAUUUUUCAUUUCUUCAACACAUACAGAGGAAUUCAAUUUCCUUUGUCAUUAGGCUACUGUGUAGAGUUGAGAUGUGCCUCCACAGUUUGUAUCCAAUUCCAAAACUGCUCUGACUUGUAUUUGGUAUUAAGCCUUUUUGAGGCAGCUGCAUGCAUGUAUCACGAGGUGCUUGGGAUUCAGACUUGAAACUUUGCUAUUUUUUAAAAAUGUGCAAUAUGUACUUUGGAUAAAAGGCGCAACAAGUCAUGUGAGGUCGAUGGUAUUUUCCAACAAAAACACAAUCGAUUAUUCUUUUGUUGUGAAAAAGUAAUAAGAACCAAUUGCCUAUAACUAAGGGCUUGGUUCAAGAUAAAUUAUCACAGGAUAGGAAGUUACACAGCCUGAAUUCAUUUAAUUUGGGAAAUACUGAAAAUACGUUAAAUACUUAAUACUAAAAAUCCUCCUCCAGACAUGAACCUUCAGUAUUUUCAUAAUUCACUGAUACAGACCUCGUGUUCUCAAUCAGCAGGAGCCAGAAGUAGUAAGCAAAAUCUGAAAAAAGCACAAACUACAGAUACUAAAUAUUACCAAAAAAUAAAUCUGUAACGCUGGCAUAUUGCAACCUGCUGUCCCAAAUAUUAAAUUCACAAUUCAUAUGGUUAUUGCUAUAAAUACACAAACAGCUGAAUUAAUAUGAGACAAUGAUGUAAUACCUGUAAAGCCAAAUUAGUACAUCUGUUUAAGCUUAGAGAAGCUAUAAGGUGGUUAUUUUCAGAAAUAUAUUUAUCCCCUUGUUUUGGGUAAACAUAAGGCAUUGUAAAAUGGAUUCGACCACAGUCAUGCACUAAAGUGAUUUAUUCAUGAACACAGGCAUGAUAGGUCAUUAUUAAUUUGUUGAAAAUGUGUGUUUUAUCCAUUAAGCACAUCAGACAGUACAAACAGUUUGUUUUAUGAGAAGCCAAUCUGGUAUUGUAGUCGAUCAAGGAUUACAACUGAUGAUAGGUGCCCACUGAAGGACGCUUAUGGGAGUGAAGACAGAUGAUAACAUCAGUUUUAUGGACUGAUUACAUUUUAAACUGGUGGCAGCUGCAAAAAAUAAAACAAUAAAAAAUACACGUUAAGAUAUAUUAAAUUAAAUGUUUCCGCUCCUGAGCUUUGUUGGAUUUUAGUGGUUGAUGAAUCAAUGUUUAUUCUUCUGUUGCACUCAUUGUAUGUUAAUCUAUCGGCUAAUUGCAUAAGCAGCAUGGCACAAUCUUCAACACACACACACAAAAAAAAACUUUAACAGCUGCAGCAUUAUUUCUACUGACUGUCAAAAAUCCUGAAAUUUGUGAUUCAAAACUCCCACACAAGGAGACAUUUGAUCAUAAAAUCACCCCAUUCCCACUUUUGCAUCUGACAGGGCAGACACAUUAGUUUUGACUCUGUAAGUGCAAAUGGGAGAGGGACACAGAAACUGCAAUUAAGCUUUAAAAUCUUUCACAAAUGUCAUCACUUUUUCAGCUUUGGUAAUGUGAUCAACUAAAUAAUUUUACAUCUGUGUAGUUCUUUUUGCUUAAGUCUCAAAACAGGUAUCUCUUUAUUUCACUGCAUCUUUUUUUUAAUGUGUGAAUGUUAGCGGAUAGUAGACAAUAAUGCACUUUGGUGACUGUCAAACCAACACUGUUAUCUUUUUAUGAAAUGUCUGGAUAAAAUCUGGACAAUUAUCUUGAGAUGUUUUAUAAACAUUGGUUGGUUCAGAAUGAAAACCUUAGCUGUCUUAAAUAUUUAGUGUAAAAAAAAUCAACAGUGUGUGUGUGUGUGUGUGUGUGUGUGUGUGUGUGUGUGUGUGUGUGUGUGUGUGUGUGUUAGUAUAUAUUUUUGUAUGUUAGCAAGGUUUUUAAACAGCUUAUUGCUAAAUGUUUUCAAGUACUGCUGGCUCUAAACAUUCAGACAUUUUGUACAGUGGAAAUGAGCAUGAAGUACUUUUUUCUAGCAAUUAUAAAAUGUAUUUAAGAAUAUACUGAAUAUUUAUCCCCCUCUGUCAACUACAAAUCCUGAAGAAAAAAAAAUUCCAGUGCUACACUCAUCAUUUUUGAUAACUUGAAAAUGUAAGUUAUGGGAAUAAUUUGGACAAUUUUGACUUAAACAAAUAGGCUAAAAUGCAGCUGGUCAGACUGCAGCUCAUGGCCGACAACUGCAGUGUUAUGUCAUUCAAAAUGUUUACAUGUAUUCAAAAGAUCACCGCCCUGUAAAACAAAUUGUGAUCAAUGUUUUCAACCGGCAUUCAUGCAAAAAGAAAUAUUUUCAGACAAAAACUACGUAAGGUACCUUUGUUCAUGUCUUCUUUAUAUAUAUAUUUUUUAUUUUUUUGCACUUUAAAAGCAUUAAAUAAAUCCAAGAGUUGCAUUUAAA